UGCCGAUGCUCCUGAUACGGACACAUGUGCUGGAUACAUUGACGCCAACCCAAAUUUAUGGCCUCAACUUUUUACAGCAUACGGCGGCACGUCUUUCUCAACGUUGUUCAACCCUGUCGAUAUGCCGUUCUUGGGGGGCCUUUCCAAUCAGGAGGCUGGUGGGCUUCCGAGGAGUCUUAGUGUUAGCGCUCUUCAAUCAGCGUUCCAAGAGCCUUAUCAGGGAGAGACGCCCCAGCUGCUUAUCAAUGUAUUGAACGAGUAUUGGCGGUCAGGUGCAUGCGCCCCACCUGAGAGGCCGCAUAAUUGGUCUAUAUCAGUCAUCCAGUCUUCGGGUAUGGGGAAAUCCAGAAUCGUCGAGGAGGCCGCGCUCUCUAUAUUUACGAUUCCAAUAAAUAUUCGUGAGGAGCUUGGCGAUGGUGUCAAAACCUAUCCUCCCCCGGACGAGAAGUUUCGCGAUUAUUUUCGAGAACAUCGGAUAAAAAGCGAUCUUCGCCUACAGGCAGAGUAUGCAAUUAUAUUGGGCCUGCUAUUCACAAAGGCCGCCGCACUCCUUCGGGAAUCCGUCUUCAAACAUAAAACAGGAGCAGCGCUAGCCCGGCAAUGGUCCAAUUAUCUCAACGAAGGACGGACUGAGACCAAAGUUGGUACGAAUAGGAAGGAGUUCCUGGAUUCUGUAGUGGAUCGGGCGAUGGAGAUUCAAUCGGGGCUAGGUGCAAGAGAAGCCCAACAGGAACUGGACCUCCACAAAGCCGAAAUGAAGGAGUCAUGCCGCACAUUUGUCGGGGCCAUCUCCAGUAAUGAUAGGAGAACAGAAGAAGUCAAAUCUGUUGUUUACUUUGAUGAAGCCCACCAGCUUACCGAACCCCCACUGGAAAUGCAGAGCGAGGCACGCCAUUACUCGCCCUAUCAUAACCUUGGCAAAGUGCUGUCUGAGCUAGCAGAAUUCCCUGUUUUUUUCAUUUUUCUAUCUACGAGCUCUCAUCUUCAGGAAUUCGCUCCCUCGCGCGCUAGCCAUCCAUCAGUUCAUAUGUCUCAGGGCCUCCGCCUCUUCCCUCCUUUCACUGAGCUGCCGUUCGACAUAUUUGAGGACAAAGUAUUUCAAUCUUUGAAGCGCCAGAAUAAAAAAUGCAGCCUUGAAAACAUGGGUCAAACAGAUGUGAUGGUAGGGUUUGGACGUGGCCUAUGGUAUGUCCACCACAAAAACUGGGUGGAGAUGGGAGGAUUGCCUGUUAUAGCAUUUGCCAGAGACAAACUGACUGCGCAAGAGGACGAAGCGAGAGUGUUUCACACUGUCAUUGCUGCUCUGGGGGUUCGCAUCGGGGUAACCUUCGACCGAACGACUCAAGUCUCAAGGACUAUGGAAUCAGAACUCGUUGAGUCACACAUGCGUGUUAUUUAUGCCAUCCCUGAACAUUGCGAGUUUAUGCAUGCUGGGUCGCCCUCUGAACCUAUACUGGCAGAGGCUGCAGCGUGGCACCUGAAUGACCCUUUUGAUGGUGGGGGAAUAGAACAGCAAGGCCCAGAGAUUCUAGCUCGGGCUUGUGAAAAGAGACUGCUUGUGGAGGGAGAGCGUGGGGAACUCUGUGGUCGACUUCUUGUGACCAUUGCGCAUGAUAUUGCCUUGAAACGUCAACUCUCUUUGUCGAAAGCAAUUGCUGAACAUCCUUUUGACCCAUAUUUCCAUCGACCUGUCCAUGUCCUCGGCUUUCUCCAGGCUCUAUUUACGGACAACAUCUUCCGUGAUGUGAUAUUGGGUGCCCACUCGGUGACGGCCAACACGGAUGUGCCCACCUUAGGAAUGGCAUUUGCGAAGUCUUAUAUCUUUUUUUCCCAUUUUGCUCUGGCUGAAGAUUCUCAAAUGCUGUCUGCUCCAAACCUGGCAGUAGCUCUGCUGCGUGGCAUGGCUCUCCAAGCCAAAGACAAUCAGAAGUCGAUUGAUGCUGUUAUUCCUGUUCAUAUGGGUCCGCCAGAUGCAUCUAUCUCACCGAAAUCAACAUCAGCGGUCAACUUGAAAUUCAACAAUCGCCAAGAGACUACAUCAUCUUGCCAUGUUUCUCGCCAGAUCACCGUUCCAAAUGAAGGGAUGCCAGUAAUAUCGAUCAUUUUCGAGCUCGGAGCUGAGAAAGUGCAAGAAGAUGGACUUGUGACCGUUAAUGGAGCGACAGAUUGUGAGACCCACAGCUCUGCCUGGGAUGACCACCAUUAUGAAAUUGUCGCCUAUGGUUGCAGUGCAAAGACUUUCAGGGCGGUUUUGCCGGCUGUUGAGCCACAUUACCAGUCCAUUCUUGCAGCUCAAACCAUUGUUCAGGGCUUUCCUCCAGCAGCAAAUGAGCAGAGGUUGCGUGCUCUUCAGAACUUAAAACCAUUCUUUAAUGGUGAUCGAGAGUCAGCAGAAUGGUCCAUGUUGCUUGUGGAAUGAUCUGUUUUUGUAGAUGGCCUUGACAUUGAAGCAAUGCAGAUCCCAUAUGAUUUUGUUGGCAGAAAUUAUGUACUAGAGUGCUUGCUCCACUCUGCACUGCACAUUCUUAUAUUCAAUCAUAUCACACUUUUCA